AUGAAGGAAAGCGCUCUCGAAGAGCGUCAACGGAGACUUGAACUGAGUCAAAGUGUUCGAAGGCCAAAUUUUUCAACUGCAGCUUUGCAAGCGUAUCUCGCAAAUGAUAACGAUGCAAAAUCGGUUGACAAUCAGCCUUAUGAGCGAAAAGCGGCAACUGAAAGCCCAUUGUCACGCUUUCGGAAGCAUAUAACCCUGUCCCAUAUGCUCCCCAACCAAUUUAGUGAUGAGAAAUCCUUAUCUCGAAGUGAUACCCAAAAUGUACAAAGAAUUGGAUCAUCACUAAACUUGGCUCAAUGUCUUAUGCAUAAAAUCAACGAAGCGAAAAGUUUGCGACUGACAGGGGUAACGAGUGAUGUUCAUAUCAGCAAACACAACAAUUCGGAAAUUGUAAGCAUCGGUUCUCAAAGUUCAAUCGUUUCAGGUUCCAACAGGAUUCAAUCAGUCAAAGAAGCCAUGCCAUCUUUGCCUAUCACUUCCGACUUGAAUAAAUGUCCGAAUUUACCUUCGACAGGAGCAGGUUUGAUUGCUACUCCACCUGUUCCACAUUCAAAGCCAGUCAUGCCCGCCAUUCCACAUUUAUUAUCUGCAUCGACGCCAGAGAAAACAGACAAAAGUGAAAGUCCUUUCGAUGCAGCUACGAGAAAUAAAGCACCACAAACGAAUACAAUAAGUUGUACCAGUACAAGUGAGACGAAUGGUGCUGCAUUUAAUCAGCAGAUAUUGCGGAAAACCCAAAGUUCUAAAGACGACGAAUACAACCCAAAGUGUGAGAGGCACAACCAUAACAGUCAGAUGUUUGCCAUUGAGAAACAAAAUGCUGAUGUUGUGUUUUCUGUAGCAAAUGCGAAUUCCAUUUCGCAGCGUAAAAUAGAAAUGAAAACAUCGCACGAAAUCAAUUCAAAGUGCAGCUUGGAGAAUAAUAGUGAAGCUGAUGUUCAAAAUUCUUGUACAGAAUCUUUCGAGUCAAGUCACAUUACUCACUGUCCUUGGAUUGAUCAUGAACUGAUUUUUCUUGAAGAAGGUCGAGGGAUGGGUGGUCAUGAUAAUUUAUUACAAAUGGAAUACAGUGUGAAUCAGGAUGAGGUGGUAUGGAAGCGUCACCAGCAUGUUAUACAACAAGUAGAGCACAAACGGAUCUUGAAGCUGCGAAAAAUACGACAGAUUGGCUUUAAAACUCAAAAUCAAUUGACCCUCAGAGUUGAUUGCAACAAGACUCCAGAUUUAAUCGAGAAUAGUAUCUUGGAAGGGGCCAAAGUGAGCACAACACCAGCCUUUGAGAAAGCAGGAGCUAAAUCAGCCAAUUUAGAGCUUACAAACCGAGGGAUGCUUUUUCGAAAACGGAAACUGUCUCGUGUCCACUUUUCUAAUCGCAAUUGUAGUCGCCGUGAAUCGAAAUUUCGUUGUACAAAAAGAUUUCUUAUAAAUUGCAAGAAGUACAUUCACUCGCAAAAUACUGCACGACCACGUCGUGAUAAAACACGCAUCAAGCAAAGCAAGAAAACCGAAGCAAAACAUACUCAAUUUCAAGAUAAUAACAAACCAAAAACGGAGCAAUGCGACCAAACGAAAAUAGCUGAGAUUGAACGAAUGAAUCGAAACGUGAAGCAAAUCUUGAAUGCUGAUGUUACUUCAAAGCCAGACACUCCUAGCCAAUUCAUUGUUUUCUCAGAAAAUACUCUACCAUCGAAUGGAUCAAAUUCAAAGCUUUCACGAAAUGACUUGAUCACCAUGGGCGAUCUAGCGUUGGCCAGAAAUUUGCUUUGUAAUGUUAAUCCGUGUCAUACAACGAACGAUUCGUUUGAGGUCAAAUACCAAAACGAAUUUAUUCCCAUGACAUUAUCAGUACAUAAGGUGAUCAUUCAGCAACCAGAAGGUAGGAAAGAUGAAAAAAAUAGGGAUGAAGUUCUCGAAGCUCCGUAG